AAAAUGUUCUACACACCUUUAACAGGCGCUUCUUUGGUUUUCAAACACAUGUUAAUUACGUCAACAAAAAUCGAUUCCAAAAUCCAAACCCUCCAAUCAUAGACCCCUUCUUCAUUCUCAAACCUCAUUCCAGAGAUCAAACUCAGAAACUCUGCUAUGACUUCCACUCGUUUGAACAUACUUGUACAAUUAUCCAACAACCCUUUUUAUUAAUUUCCCAGAAUUUUCACUUCACACAUUUAAAUUCUGUACAAAUCCAAAAUUUCGUCCUCUCUUUUUAUACCCACUUCACGCAAUCAUUUCUAUAAGUUCACGUCUUCCCUGUGAACCCCAAAAUUCAAUUCACUAUUCGUCUGGAGGUUUUCUGGGUAGCAAUUGAUUUUGCAAUUUGAUGUUGAUACUACUGGAAAUUAUGUUCCUUGGACCGAUUUAGUAAUGCCCAUCUGUUUUUUGGGGCAAAUAUUUUGAUUUCGGAUGUGUUUGGUUCACCUUUUGAUGGGAAAACUGGGGUUCUGAGUGCAUAGUUUGAGAUUGAUGAUUGGGUCCUUGGUUCGAUUGCUUGGUUAAGGGUCCUUGGUGCUGUGUUGCUGCAGUUGAAUUCAUUGAGCUAAAAGGCCGUAUAGUCUACUGUGUCACACCUCUUAUCCUUGCAAAUUGAGAAGAUCAUGGACUUCCAAGUGAGUUCUUCGUCGGAGUAUGGAAGAUUGGAGCAGAUUAUAUCCCAGUUUCUACUGAAGGCCUUGCACAUAAUUCUAGAAUCCAGGAUUCCAUCACUUAAACAACAAGAUCGUAGUGGGGACUUAUUGUCGAACUCAAAGGCAAAAAAAAUUGAUAAAUGGUUCAAUUUAGCGUUAGGAGAUCGCCCUGCAGCUCUAGAAAAGUUGCAGUCUUGGCAUAGGAAUCUGAUGGAUCCAAUGAUAAUUGAUGUAAUUGUCAUUCGUCGAGGACUAGAUGAUUCGUCUGGUAAUGAUUUAUACUAUGAACAGGCAUUUGAAGGGGGAACAGUUGAGACAGUUAUUGAGAGAUGGGUAGUUCAGUAUGAAAAUCAUAAGAUGAUGCCUGUACAAAAUAGAGACGUUACUUUGUUGUAUAAGAAAAUGUACCAAAAAUCAAUCAUACUUUUACGCUCUCUCUGCUCAAUGAUGAGGCAUUUGCCUGCUUAUAGGAUAUUUCGAAACCUUAGUUCUUCAAGCCAACCUUCUGACAUUGAUGUUAUAUAUAAGGUUUCUUCUUUCAGUGACCCCUUCUCUAGGGAAGAGGAGCAAACAAUGAAGAAAUAUAGUUUCAACCCUGUGGAAGCUGUAAAUGGUAAACUCUCUGUAUCUGUAACUUAUAGAAAGGAUUUGUCAGAAUUCAGUCUUGAAUCUUCAACAUCAUUUCCUCCUGUAAUUAUUUCUGAUUAUGUUGGAAGUCCUGCUAUUGAUCCCAUGAGGGCCUUCCCGUCUGUAGAGAGAGUAUCACAGCCUAUCUCAUUCUCAUUAGGAGGAUCUAAAAAUGCGUGUCCAACGCCUAGUCAACGUCCUCAUAGCUGGUCUAGUGGCAACCAUUUCGCUGCUGCAAACAUGCAAAACUAUCCCGUUAGUGGAUCUCCACCGGUACAUCGUUUCUCAAAUGUACCAAGUGAUAAUCCGUCUUUGCCAACGUAUCUUCAAGGCCAAAGAGUUCAGAAUUAUAGGCUACAUGGAGGACAUUACAAAACUAAUAGUUAUGAUGAGUCUCUUUCACCUCCAUUCUCUCCAUCUUCAUCUCCAUCUCCCCCAGCAUAUCUCCUUAGACAAAGUCAUUCCCAGCCUCAGUCUCGGCUACGGCCAGAGUCAGCACCUGUGACUAUUCCGCAUCCUAUGUUGAACAGAGGUCCUGCAUACCUUUCUCCUAAUUUAUCCGAUCCAAAUAGAAUGUUCCUCCCUCCUAUCUCUCCACGGAGUACAAAACCAGAACCUUCACCACAUGGGUCUCCAUCUCCAUCAGGAAACAGGUUAUCCAGAAAGCUAGACACAUUAAACCCUGGAGAGCUGUACUCUGGAAUGACAAAUCACUCUUUUGGAUCAAAGAUAACUAGAGAUAGCAAAGAUGAAUCUGGGCGGUUUUCUGGAUUGCUUUCUUCUAGUAGUUCACCACGUAAAGCCUAUUCGAGAAGCUCAAGUAAAUCCUUCCAAGAUGAGCUGGAUGUAUAUGACUUUUCAUGUCCAUUUGAUGUUGAUGAUGUUGAUACAUCAGAUUCCCACGCUAGUCACAGUCUUGAAUCAAAGAAAGGAUCAGAAUUCAAUUCUGCAAUGUCAAUGGGACGGAAGUCACAAGACGCUGCUGUAGGUGCUCUUGUUCACAUGCUUAGGACAGCCCCACCACUACGCCAAGACUCAAGCUGCUAUUCAGCCAGCAGUCAGAGCACCCAACAAGACGGCAACUUCGGAACUGCUUCUGGAUUUUUCAUGUCACGAAGGGCAUCUGAUGCCCUCGAAGAGCUAAAGAGUUACAGAGAGAUGAAAGAUCUUCUUCUCUCUAAAAGUGGACACCGAGUUGUUAACAGAGAAGAUCUUCAAGCUCUACCCAUGGAUAUCAAAGGGAGGAAACUUUAGAACUAUUUCUCAACGACUUUGAUAUUUGAUCAUAUCAUUGCAAUAGAAUUUUAACAAGAAGCGAAGAUGUUAGAAAAAAAAAAGCUAACAUUACUUGUACAUAGAUUAGAAAUCAGUUGUUCCUUCCUCGUGGUGGAGUUUAGUUACUUUUACAAUCAGGUGUAUUGUUUUUGCAUACUGGUUUUAAACUUAUUUGGCUGGCAUUCUUGCUAAAUUCUCUGUUAUCAGCAUAUCAGAUGCUGUAAACUGAUGUACUUUGGAAUAUUUUGUUAUGAAGAAUAGUAUGACCUUAUUUACAAAUUGCAAUACAUAGCAAAAUCUGUUUUGAGUGA